AUGCCCGAAUCUAGGAAUGUUUUUGUGGGAAUGACAUGUGCGAACGUUAUGUUAUUGAUUCUAAACACGGUCGGCAAUGUUCUCGUUAUCCAAGCAAUAGUAAAAACACAACGACUGCGUAAUGCGUCGAACUUCUUGGUCGCUAAUUUAGCUUUAUGUGAUCUCCUGUCACCGUUGUUAAAUAUCCCUUUUGAUAUCUCAGUUGAACUCUCGCACGCAUGGCCUUAUGGUCCGGUAGUAUGUCGCAUUAUCUGGCCAGUUGCGACAAUGAUGACUACAUCUUCAGCACUGAUUCUGGUAGCUAUAUCCAUCGAUCGUUCAAGAGCUCUUCGCCAUCCCUUCGUAAUUAAACUUACAAUAUGUCAAUCAGUGGGUAUCGUCGUGCUCAUCCAUUCCAUCUCAUUGCUUGUUAUUCUCCCGUUUUCUGUAGCAAGUGUGGUAAUUGAUGGAGAAUGCGAGGAAGAUUGGAGUGGUAGUAUUUUCACAUCGCGUCAAUAUACUCUGAUAAUCUUUCAUGUACAAUAUCUGAUACCAUUCAUCGUAUUAGCAUUCGUGUAUGGCUGCGCUGCGCACUACUUGCGUCGCUCUACGCUAAGCCUGAUAAAACUUGAAGAAUGCACGGAUUCUAGCGUGGAACAAUCCGAAAGAAACACCUUACGAAGGCGCCGAAGUCACGCAAAGAGUCCAACCAGGCAGCGAAGUUUAACACUACGUCGCGAGCAGAAUACACGAGUCAUGAAAAUGUUUGCAGUCGUUGUCACCGUUUUCGCGCUUUUAAUGUUACCUAACAACGUGCGCUGGUUAGUAGAUGUUUUCGGGAGCAAUACUCAAUACCCUCACAAGGAUUUGAUAUCCUUACUAUGCGCAAUGUGUACGUAUUUAAACUGCUUUGCCAAUCCAAUAAUUUAUGGGACUUUUUCUAAAGAUUACAAAGUUUCAUUCUUGCGCGUACUGACAUUUGGUCGUUAUGGCAACAGUUUUCAUGUGGCAAGUCAUGCAAAGUCGUCAAGGGUACCGUCAGGCGUUCGACCUCGUGCAAAACGAUCAUUGUAUAAUUUUCGUGGCGAUGGUAACGGUGAAGAAGUUGUCGGAACGAUGGUCUGA